ACGAUUUUCUAUAAUGUGUUUGGAAAUAAACAGAUCAAGGAGAUAUAUUUCAAUAAAAUAGAGCUUAAUGUGUCGGUUUAAAUGUGCAAAAUGUUUGUUUAUUGUGAUACUAGUGGUACAAACAUGGUGCAGUGAUUCUGAUAACACCAAUCUACACUCUACAAAGUGACGCCAUUUUACGGGAAUGACCAGCCCGCGGCUGCCUCUUAUUAGGCCUGAUGUAAGGAGCGCUGUUCCCAAACGGAUGCAUGGAAACAAAUCUCGAUUUUUGUACUCGUACUGGACGUACGAUUUCACAGAAAACUAUGGAAGAUGGUAAUAUAGCAAAUACGAGAGACGAUAAAAAUACCGUUGCGGCGCUAUGUAACUUAUAUGGAGAUCGGGCCGCGACAUUUACGGCAAAUGGACACGAUUUCGCAGGCGAAUCAUCGAGUCCUCCGGAAAAAUCCUACGAACAACGGCGACACAGCGCGGAUACUUCACAUGAGGACAAGUUUAAAAAACGCAUCAAUCCAUUGAGAAUACACCUUGGCAAGCGGCCUUUCGUUGAUAAUUCAGCUCCAUACAAUAGUGUGUGCAAAAAGAAAAAACCGUUUGUAGUGAAAUCUAGUGAAACAAGUGUAAAUAAGGGAUCAACUCCACGAGUACCUAAACUUAUACCAAAACGCAUUGAACAUAGUCAAUUUCAUAAUGUUACAUCACAAUUGGAUGAUAAUGAGCAAGACAAACCAGUACCCCGCCUUGUGCCCAAGAGCCAAUUAUCACAAUUUAAAAAAAGUAAGAUUGAAAAGGGGCCUCAGUUGAAGGAAUAUGCACAGAGCCUCGGCUUGCAGCCAAUGGUAAAGUUCAAAUGUCGAAAAUGCUGUUCAAUGUCAUUCAAGACCCUGGCUAUGUUGAAGGAGCAUCAGUUAGUAUGUCGAGCCCAAGCUAAGGAACCUGCUCUGAGUCCGGAAGGCGUUACACAUACAGAAACAAACUCAAGCGGCCCAUCCAGAGUUACUCGUAAAGUGUAUUUAUGUUCAGCAUGUGGCACUUAUUAUGAAAACUGGAAUCUCUUUCUGCACAUGAGAGAAGUUCACAACCGACAUAUAUGCCUGUUUUGUUUGGGUAUGUUUUCAAAAGCAGAAAAACUGUCUUCACAUUUAACAAAUAAACACAAUGUACAAGAAUUCAACUACAAUAGCAAAGAGGAGUUUUGUAAUGUCUACAAUGGAAGUUUUUAUUUAAUGUGUUGUGCGUGUGAUGAAAUAUGUAGUGAACAAGAUGAUUUCUUUAAUCAUGACUGUAAUAAUGUGAAGCCAAAACCUGUCCCAGUUCUUAUCAGUAAAAACUCUUUAAAACCAAACAAUCUGAAACAUGCGAGGAAUGACAAAGAGCCCACACAACAUACUACAAAUGGUCCCACAUUGAUGAAAGAGUUAUUGAGGCCCAAUGGUGAUAAAAAAGAAUCCAUUGAGCAAAAAAUUGAAACAAUCACAACACAAUCCCAGAAGGCUAUGAAUAGUAUACAUAAUAGUGAUAAUGUAAAUAGUGAUAUAAGUUUAAGCUCCAAUAAUUCUUCUGAUGGUAAAGACACAAGUAAUACUGUGGAUUCGGCAAUUGAAAUGGAAAGUCCUAGUUCUAAGCCAUUAACAAGCCCCAAGUCCAUAAACGAAUCAGAUUUCAUUCCUUCUCAUAUCUCUAAUGGAGACGAUAAGGUUAGUCAUGAUUAUUCUGAUGAGUGUGAUUCUCCAUCAACAAGUGACAUUCAAGCACCCAUUCCUGAACCAGUAGUAUCUAAAACUGAAGAACCGACUAAAACUGUUGAAAAAGAAUGUGGAAUAAAACUGAAGCUCAGUUUAAAUAGUGCUAAGUCACCGGUCAUUAUAAAUUCUACGGUAGAUCCUACAAUUGGCCAACAGUACUCACAACAUAUGAGCCAUAAACCACCAUCAAGAAAUAGAAGACCUCCGAAACGAUAUGAAAAAGAUAAACCUUCAGACCCACCACCACAACCCAAAACUCCUUCUAUUAAGAUGACAAUUUGUGAUAAGGCUGAAAGUCCAUUUGUUAAAACAACUUUCUACGAAAAUAAUAAGGAAACAACCCUUAAAACACUUGUUAAUAACAAUAUCGAACCAAUAUACAGCCCCAUGGAGACAAAACCUGAAAACACAAUUAAAACAACAAUAUAUGACAACAAAAUUGAGGAUGUCAAUACUUUAAAUAGGGUACCAAAAUUAACAGUCAGAGUUCCUAAAGAGUUUCUUGACAAAACUUCAUCUAGUGAUGAAUCGUCUGAUAGUGAUAGUAGUGAAAAAUUAACUGUUGAUGAGAAUGUGACAAAAUCUGAAGAAAUGGAAGUAAAGUCUGAGGAAGUGCCUUUAGAAGAGACACAAAUAAGUUCAGAUCAAAGGCCACAUGAACAAGAACUUGAAGAAAGUACUAAAGAUGAUGCUGAGACUAUACCACAUGAAGAAGAGCAAAAACCAUCACCGGAACCCAGUGUAGAAGAUGUAACUCCAAAAUGUGAGACAAAACCGGAACCCCAAGACCAAGAUAUGACAGGUGAUGUCAAUGUUGAGGAAAUUACUCCGUUAGAUACUACUCCUGUUAUUGAACUUACUUUAGACAGACCAAUUGAUAAAUAUCCAUUAAAAGAUCUCUUAAAGGUAUUUCUGGGAUCUACAUACUUUAAUUGUAUCUACUGUAACCAUGCACGAAAAAUUGCAGUAAACUGUGGGCAGCUAGCUUUACAUAUGGUAGCAGAGCAUAGAUUUUCAGCAACAGUGAACAGUAUUACUGCAGAGGAGUUAAUGCCUGAGACGAUAGCUGCGAAAGUGAAAACAGGUGUAGAUGAGGUUUCAUCAAUAUAUAUUAACUUGGACUCUUAUGAUAGUGUUGAUAAGUGUGAAGAUGUGCAAAAUAGUCUUAAUUUUGAGUGUUUUCAGUGUUAUUUCAAAACUGCAGUACAUAAAGAUCUCUACUUACAUAAUCGAAAAAUGCAUCAAAAAACUAUAUUGUUGUGUGUUAUGUGUAAAAAUAACUUUUAUACUUAUAGUGAAUUACUCUGUCAUUUAUGCCCUGGAACUUAUGAUUCUGACUAUGUAAUUAAGUUUAGAUGUUGCUUCUGUAUUGUAGACUCUAUCUCUUCUUCUUUUAGAUUAAUGGUGCAUCUUCGAAAGAUACACCAUACCUGUGAUGUAUGUUUAGAAUUUUGCCAAAGUCAGGCACGGCUUUCCAACCAUGUUUGGAAACAUAAAUUGCACCAUUUGUGUUAUCGAUGUGGUAUUGCCUAUAGGAAUAAACCUGAUAUUAAUAAUCAUUUGUUCUGGAAGCAUGGAACAGAAAGUGUAUUGUGUAAAAGAUGCCUACAGAAAAAGUGGUCCCAUGUUUAUCAUUUCUGUACUCCUCCUGCAGUGUUUGUCUGUGAUGAAUGUAAUUUGCAAUUUACAAAAGCAGUUUAUUUAAAAGUUCAUAAGAGAAUACAUUCUGGCGAAUUUCCACACCCAUGCACCGAAGAAGGAUGUGAAGAGAAGUUUGUAUCAAAGAAACUGUUAAGUAAGCACUCUGAUGUGCAUAAAAAGAAGCAGUUAACAGAAAUUCUUGAUGAAGAAAAGCCUGCUAUUUUAAAUAGUAAUUUAGAAACAUCUAAAGACCAAAUACCUGUCAUUGAUUUAGUUGAUGAACCUCCUAAAGAUGAAGGCACUUCAGAAAUAAAAACGGAAGCAGAUGCUGAACACAUUACUAAAAAAUCUAAGAAGAAGAAGUUAAAAGACAAAGAUGCAUUAUUGCUUGAUGUUAAUUUACCAGCCCUUAAUUUAUCGGAAAGUGAUAGCAGUGAUGAAUCUGACAGUGGAUUGCCACCUUCUGUAAAAGAAGAAACACAGACACAAGAUAAACAGAUGGAUGAAAAUAAGAUUGAGCCUUCUGAUAAGAUUGAAGAAAAAGAACCGGCAAGUAAUACAGAGAUAGAUUCACAGUUACCCAAGUUGGAUGACAAAACUGAUAUUCAAGAUGACGACAAACCAAGUGAACAACAAGUUCUUCAAAUAUGGGAUAACUUUCAAAAAUAUCAAGCUAAUGUUGAACAACACAAAGAAAAGACGCCGCCACCCAUGCGAAGACGCCACGUGUGUGAAUCCGAUCAUGAUUAUUGUUUAAUACCACCCGAUAUGAAUGGAGAUGAAGAUAUAUUCAACUCAGAUAAAAAGAAAAAUAAAAAGUCACCUAAGAAAAGACAUGGAGAUAUGUCUUCAUCUAGUAGUAGUAGUAGUGAUAGUGACUCGAGUUGUUCUUGUGGUUCAAACUGUAGUUGUUCUUCAAGUAGUGGCUCAUCAUCUUCAAGUUCCUCCGAUUCCGAUUCCUCUGACGAGUCUGGAAAUGAACAAAAUAAUGGAAGAAGGAUGAGAAAAUUGUCUCGAAAAUCACUUCCAAACAGAAGAAUCAGUAACGGAUCAAAUGUUGAUGUGAUGGGUAUGACUGAGACACCUGUACUUGUACCAGAGAAAACUGAAUCGCCCAUUGCUGAAACAGAUUUAGAAACUGAAGAAAGUGAAACAGAUGAAGAAUUCUAUGAUGAGAAUCCACAACAAAUAGCAAACAAAGUGUAUAAUGAAAAGCGAAACCAGUUAUUAGCGUCGAUCGCCCCAUCAGAUGGUGGUUCCAUCUCGGAAGAAGUGAGUCGUUGCGCAACACCUGUAAAAGAAGAAAAAAUACCCAAGGAAGAGGUAGAAAAUAAAGAGAAGUCAAGCAGCAGUAAGAAAAAGAGUAAAAAGAAGAAGAAAUCAAAAAGUUCUAAAAAACAUGGUCCCAUUAAGAUUAACAUUCCUAAAGAUGUUAUUGCCAAAUCAGAGCCUGAACCUCCUAUUGCGCCAUUGAUACCGAACAAGAUCACUAUUUCUUUGCAAUCGAAUACUGUACAAUUGCCAGAAACACCUAAGCCCAUAAAUGCAACUAAAUCGACGACCACAUCCAUGAGUGCGGAGAGCAAGAGGGCGUCAAAACGAAGACGCGUGCCAAAUAAGUUCUAUGGUUAUUCGAGCGACGAAGAGCCGACUACACCCGCUGCACUUAAACCUCAACAACCUCCGAAAUUAGAAUGGAGAAAAGAAGACUUGCCAUCACCUGCCCCUCAUAAAGCUAAGAAGGAAAUACCAUCUUCUGUUAUACCGCAAAAAUUGUUUAAUUAUAACGAGCCUAUAAGGUUGACUACUCCCGUUCCAGACCCUGAACCACCGCGGUUCUUGAUGAAUUCCGAAUCAAUGGAAUCUAGCGAUUCUGAUUCAAGUGAGGAAGGAGGUUUAGAGAUAAUUCAACCUAGCAAUGUACAAAAUACAUUAUCUGUCCCGCCGCCAACAUAUCUCAAUUCCGGUACCUCGAGUUUACCGUACGCCUUCCAAAGACCGGCCGUUCGCGAAGCAAAAGAAGGUGAAAGCGUAUAUUGUUACUGCAGAUGUCCUUAUGACGAGGUGUCAGAAAUGAUAGCAUGCGAUGCCGAGGGCUGUCCCAUUGAGUGGUUUCAUUUUGAGUGUGUUGGUAUCAUGGUACCGCCUAAAGGCAAAUGGUACUGUCCAGAAUGUAGAAAAAAUCAAAGCUUCUCAGGUUACAGAUAAGUCUAAACACAAUUUAGGUGUAUAUAACAUAUUGUUAUCUGUAUAUAAUUUAUUGACGAUUGUAGAUAAUUUAGCUUUACCUGUGUAUAUCUUUAGUUAGGUUGUAUGUUUAAGUUAGGAUAUUAGGUCUGAAAAUUGUAUCAUUGUUAUUAAAGUACAUGUUAUGCUUGAUGCUGGCUGUGCGGCCAAUCUGUAACCUGGCGAAUUGUUAAUUGACAUUAACUAUACAGCAAAACGAAAAUAUAAAUCCAAUUUUUGAUACCAAAA